CAAAGAUAUCGAGCACAGAGUGGGAAAAGUAACAUAUUUCCGACAACUUAACCUACGUAUUGAUACUUCCACCACAUACAAUGGAAAGUUCACGCUCUUCCCCACAAUCCGUGGACUUCAAUUCGAAUUCAAACAUGGACAUAACAGAAGAAAUUAUUAGUCCUCAAGACGCGGCUGGCAUAGAAUUAGAUAAUGAAAUAGCUUCACUACAGGAACAAAUCGCAUCAUUGAAAGAUCAACGUAGCCUUCAAACGGCCACUAUCCUUUCUUCUCAAGCUUCGAAGUCCAUCUUGUCGAAUUUACGAAAGUCUUACUCCAAAACGAAAUCCACCCAAUUUACUACUCCUACAGACUCCGAUCCACUUCUUGCGACUUCGGCGGCUCAAACAACCCAUAAUCUCGAGAAUCUAUAUCGCGCAUGCGCAUCAAUUACAUCCUUCCAAAUUCAAGAUCCAGACCCGAAUGCCGUAGACAAUGGGCAUAUAUUAGGAAUUCGAAUUGAAGCCAGCAGCUCGGGGAAGUUUGUUCGCCCUUAUUAUGUCAUGUUAAAUAAGCCAUAUUCUGGAUCAGCAGCACUAAGAAUACAUCGGCAUACAGUGCCUCCAUGUAUCCCUUUGUCUAGCCUGGCCGCAAAAUAUUUGCCUGCUCCUAAAGUCGCUGAGGGUAUCGUCAAAGAGAAACGACAAGAUUUGACUGCGUUUGUACGGAAAUUACGACGAGAGAUUACAGGUUAUCAUUUGCGUGUGGCAUCCAUCAAGCAUUUACGAAAGAGGUUCUCUUUAGAUGAGAAACUAAGCAGGAAAGGAAAAGAAAAGGAGCGAGAGAUCGCAGAUAUCAGUGCUGCUGAUGCAGAAGCAAAGCAAGUGAGGAUUGAGUGGAUAGAUGGCAAGGUCGGUAGAUGCGUUGUAGGAAUGAAUGGGGAAGUCGUCAAAUGUGUCAUCAUCGGAGAGGAUGGGCGUGACCGUGAGACGGAAAGAAGGGUAUUGGGCGGCGAUAAAAGAAUGGAGGGAAUCGCUGACAGAUUGAUGGAAGGUAUAUAUUAAGAGCUUCGAUUUGGGCUUGGGGAAUUGAGGAGUUUAUUGCUUGUUGUUUACAAAUACCCCCGGGACUCAAACGGCGCUGCACCACGGCAUUCAUCAAUUUUCACUACAGCUGCUUCUUUUCAACCAAGAUCAAAUGUGAUCAAUCGUAUUGAAUGAAGAGCAUAUUACUGAGCUGGAACGUAAGGCAUUGACCGAGUGACAGGGAAACGGACUCGAAGGCUAGUCUACUCAUUCCAGGCACCGUAUACCAUGAAGGCAACUCGGUGGAAUAUAAGGGGUCAUAAUAGAGAUUCUGGAAGGCGCUCCGUAGAACACUUUCAGCGAAGCUUCUGCUGGCUCAACUUCAAUAAAUCGACUAUUAUUGAUAUAAGCCAGACUUUAACUUUGCGGAUGGGCACAUAGUUGUAUAUGACUUAUAGCAACUAAAUGUUAUUUUCGCUAAAUGUUGAGACAGCAGGCAUUCAGCUACACACGCGCGCCCACGGCUGAUCGACACUCAUCAAUAAGAACACCAUCACACGCAUUAAGCUGUCAGUACAUCCUCCUUCUUCACCUGAGUUUCAGAUCCUAUAGGCUGUAGGCCGGAGGACAAUCUGGGGUCGACGGAUGAAAUAGAAAGUGUAUCACGUGAUUAUCUCUGUACUGAUCCAAUAACUUAAGCCUGAACUCCACAAACUAUUCCAUAUUGGUACUUGACCUAUCAGGUUUCCCAUCAACGCCACCUUUGGCUUUUAUUCUGAAACACUCGCUACUGUAUAUGGUUCAUUUCUAAGUCUUCACUCUCAUCCUGUGAUGCGCGCGGGUAAAAUGUAC